UCACUUGCAGAACUGUUUCUCUCGCGUGGCAUCUUCGCUGCAAAGAUGUUGAUAAAAGAUGGCGUUUUUAAGAACCAUGCGUUGCUCCCUUGCAUCUUUCUUCCUUCUUCUUUUCCACGCCAAAGCGUGUCUCCGAAACUCAAAUUUCUCAGCAAUCAAUCACUCAGAAGUUUCCACAAUUUCCGUCUUCUUCAUUUCCAGCAGAAACUUAAUUUGAAGGUCAUCGCAGAGAAGGAUUUCGACGCGUCGGAAUUGGUUUCUGGUGGGUUUUCAGGUGUCGAAGAUACGGACUUGCCAUUGGAGUUCUGCCAUACGCGUACUCUACCUCCAGCUUUAACUCUCGAACAUGGCGUCCUUGAGAUUAAACAAGUCGUCGAGAAGUUGAAAUCGAAUCCACUUUGCUCUGCAAGCGGCAUACUGAGAUUACAAGUUGCAGUGCCUGCAAGUACAAAAGCAUUGAAUUGGUUAUGCUCUCAACCGCAGUCUUUGGGAGCAUUUCCUCAAUUUUAUCUUUCUAAAAGGGAGCUGCAAGAUCCAUCCUGUGAUUUGUUUCCUCUGGAAGGACAUGGAAUUUCUGGAAUUGGGAGUGCAGUUUACUUUACAGGGCCUUGUCUUACCCCAAAGGUGUGGGGUUCAAUAAAAAGAUAUGUCUCAGAUUCACCAUUGAUUAGGCCUUAUGGGUUCAUGGGUAUUAGUUUUGAUACAAAAUCAUCUUCCCUGAAAUAUGAGACCGGUUCUUUCUACUUUUUUAUUCCUCAGAUUGAACUGGAUGAACUAGAGAGUAACUUUAUCUUAGCGGCAACAUUAGCCUGGAAUGAGUCUCUUUAUUGUCCUUUUGACAAAGCAGUUGAGUCUUUUGAGUUUCGACUCAACCAGGCCAUCUACUGUGUCUCACCAUCUUUAGAGUCUUCAUACCACAUUUGGAUAAACUUUAUCCAGAGGAGAAACUUUAUUUUGACAAAGCUCAAAAAUGUUCAAAUGGUACACACGGAUGUUCAUUCAUUGGGUGGAAAUGAUACAGGAUCUGAUCAUGUUCUACCGGAAGAGGCUCCAUCUUCUCAUCAGUUCUAUUUUAGGCUUUCAUUGACCAUGGCGUUUACUUGUAACUUGCCUGAUAGUUUGAGUAAAUCACAUUGCUCAGUGCAAGAUUGUGCUAAUAUUAAUGCUGUUUGGUCGUCACUUAUAAUUGAAGAAUGCACUCGACUUGGUUUAACAUACUUCUGUAUAGCACCUGGAUCAAGAUCGUCUCCACUUGCAGUUGCCGCUUCCAGCCAUCCCCUUACAACUUGUAUUUCAUGUUUUGAUGAGCGUGCCCUUGCAUUUCAUGCUGUUGGCUACGCAAGAGGAUCUUACAGGCCUGCAGUGGUCAUAACAUCAUCAGGCACUGCUGUCUCAAAUCUUCUUCCAGCAGUUGUUGAAGCUAGUCAAGAUUUCUUACCACUCUUGUUGCUCACAGCUGAUCGCCCCCCAGAGCUUCAAGAUGCUGGAGCAAACCAAGCUAUCAACCAGGUCAAUCAUUUUGGCUCAUUUGUGAGGUUCUUCUUCAGUCUUCCUCCACCCACUGAUCAUAUUCCUGCGAGGAUGGUACUUACAACGGUUGACUCUGCUGUAUAUUUCGCAACCCAUGCACCACAUGGUCCUGUACAUAUUAAUUGUCCUUUUAGAGAGCCACUGGAAGAUAGUCCCAAGGAGUGGGCAUCAAACUGCUUGAAAGGGUUAGACUUUUGGAUGUUAAGGGCAGAACCUUUUACUAAGUAUAUCAGUGUAAAACAGUUUCACGCAUGCAAUGGCCGUUCUGGGGAAAUUUUAGAAGUUCUAGAAGUGAUUAAGCAUGCUAGCCGGGGGCUUUUACUGCUUGGUGCUAUCCACACAGAAGAUGAGCUAUGGGCUGCUCUUCUCUUGGCAAAACACCUUUCCUGGCCAGUUGCAGCUGACAUUUUAUCUGGCCUUCGUCUGAGGAAAGCCUUAACUUCAUUUCCUGAAGUUGAGGCUAAUUUUCUGUACAUUGAUAAUCUGGAUCAUGCACUCCUCUCAGAUUUGGGCAGGGCUUGGGUCAAGCCAGAUACAAUUAUACAGAUAGGUAGCAAGAUAACCAGCAAACGCGUUGCUCAAAUGCUGGAGGAAUGCUCCAUGUGUUCAUAUAUUUUGGUUGAUAAGCAUCCUUAUCGUCAUGAUCCUUCUCAUAUUGUUACUUACAGGAUUCAAAGUUCCAUAACUGAAUUUGCGGAUACUUUAAUUAGAGCUCAGUUGCCCAGAAAGCCUAGUAAAUGGGGUCAAUUUCUUCAAAUAAUAGAUAAAAUGGUUGCAGAGGAAGUCGGAUUUCAAAUUUAUUCUGAGUGUUCACUAACUGAACCUUAUGUUGCACGAGUUACAACGGAAGCGCUGGCCCAGGAUGCUGCUUUAUUUGUAGGAAACAGCAUGGUCAUACGUGAUUGCAACAUGUAUGGGCAAGGUUGGGUGAAAUCUGCAGCUGGUAAUGCACCUAGGAUGUCAAGCUGUGAAACAACAUUUGAAGGAAUACGAGUGGCUGGUAAUAGAGGGGCAAGUGGUAUUGAUGGGUUGCUUAGCACAGCUAUUGGAUUUGCAGUAGGAUGUAAUAGGCGGGUAAUUUGCUUGAUUGGAGAUGUUUCUUUCCUCCAUGAUACAAAUGGUUUGGCAAUUCUCAAUCAGAGGAUAAGGAGGAAACCUUUGACAAUUAUUGUAGUAAACAAUCAUGGUGGUGCAAUUUUUAGUCUGCUUCCAAUUGCAAAUCAAACUCAACCGAGUUUGCUUAAUCGGUUCUUCUACACAUCGCAUAGCAUUUCCAUUGGCAAGCUGUGUCAAGCACAUAGUGUGAAACAUUUGCAUGUUCGGACAAGAAUGGAACUGGAACAUGCUUUAUUGCUAUCUGGACAUGCACCCACUGACUAUGUCAUUGAAGUUGAAAGCUGCAUUGAAGAUAAUGCUACCUUCCACAGCAUUCUAAUGAAUUCUGCUCGUCAAGCAGCUGAUCAUGCUCUAAGGAUCCUUUCAAGGCUUUCUGUACCAGACCAUGUCUGUAGCAGCUUGUUCCUGGGCAAGAUUAAAAGAAUGGAAUAUUCUUUAUAUAGAAUUGAACUUUGUGCUCCACAUACUUCAACUCCCUCUAGUUGCAACUCAGAAGGGUUCUACCGAGAAGGCUUUAUUUUAACUUUGUCUCUCAAUGAUGGAAGCGUAGGGUUUGGAGAGGUUGCCCCUAUGGAAAUCCACAAAGAAAAGUUACAAGAUGUUGAGGAGCAACUACGAUGCAUACUUCAUUUGAUCCAAGGAGCUGAAAUCAGUUAUCUUUUACCUUUGCGGAAUGGAUCAUUUUCUUCUUGGAUAUGGGAAAGGUUAGGAAUCAAGCCCUGUUCAAUCUUUCCAAGUGUCAGAUGCGGUUUGGAGAUGGCAGUCCUAAAUGCAUUAGCAGAAAGACAAGGUUCUUCUCUAUCAAGUUUACUUCUUGGCUGUGAAAUUUCAUCACAAGAAUCUGCCUCCGUAAAAGAAGACGAAACAAUGGAAAGAAUGUCAAGAGUUCAGAUAUGUGCUCUUAUAGAUUCUGAUGGGACUCCCAAGGAUGUUGCCAGUAUUGCAGCAAAACUAUUUGAGGAAGGUUUCACCACAAUUAAGCUUAAGGUUGCACGGAGAUCAAAUCCGCUUGAGGAUGCUGCUGUUAUCCAAGAAAUUAGACAGAAGAUUGGGUACAAGAUCAAAAUCCGUGCUGAUGCUAAUCAAAAAUGGACAUUUGAACAAGCAAUUCAAUUUGCUUCUGCUGUAAAGUGUUGUGAUCUGCAAUAUAUUGAGGAACCUGUGGUUUUUGAAGAUGAUAUUAUCAGGUUUUGUGAAGAAACUGGUUUACCUGCUGCUUUAGAUGAAAGUAUUGACGGUAUGCAUGAAGAUCCUCUCAAUAUGCUUUCAGUGUACAAACACCCAGGCAUAGUUGCUGUUGUAAUCAAACCAAAUGUUGUUGGUGGGUUUGAAAAUGCGGCACUGAUUGCAAAGUGGGCUCAGCAGCAUGACAAGAUGGCUGUUAUCAGUUCUGCUUUUGAAAGUAGCCUUAGUUUGUCAGUAUAUAUUCAGUUUGCAAACUAUCUUGAGCAGCAAUACACACGCAUAUGCAGAGUUAAGGACAAAGAAACUAAGCCAACAAUAGCUCAUGGCCUUGGGACUUAUCGAUGGCUUAAAGAAGAUGUCACUGCUAAACCACUCAAGACGUGUGUUCAUUCCCAUGGGGAUAAGGUUGAAGUGUCGGUGCAAGAUGCAGCUCUGCUUCUUCGGAAUUUUCGGAUCAAUCAUGAAAUCAUCCAGAGAAGCUACAUGGAAGAAGAAAUUCAGACAUAUCGAGUUUCAGUCAAUUGUCAGGGGUUCUCCUAUUCCCUCAAAGUUCGAGAAGCUGGAAAAUACAUACAUAUGAUGCAGGACAAGGUAAUCAUAUUCCUUCAUGGCUUUCUUGGAACUGGAGAAGACUGGAUUCCUAUAAUGAAGUCCCUUUCAGUCACAGCAAGAUGCAUUUCAGUUGAUCUUCCAGGCCAUGGGGAAUCACAGAUACAAAAUUGUGCCAAUGAGGAGGGAAAAGUAGAGUCGAGUGUUUCAAUUGAAGUGGUUGCGGAUGUGCUGCAUAAGCUGAUUCAAGAAAUUACUCCUGGAAGAGUUGUCCUUGUAGGAUACUCAAUGGGAGCCAGAGUUGCACUAUACAUGGCCCUGAGAUGCAGCAAGAAGAUCGGUGGAGCAGUGAUAAUAUCAGGAAGUCCAGGAUUAAAGGAUGAGGCAAUGAGAAAAAUUCGUACAGCGCAAGAUGAUUCAAAGGCACGAUAUCUUAGUGCUCAUGGUUUACAGUGCUUCUUAGACAUGUGGUAUGCAGGAGAUAUAUGGAAUAGCUUACGAAAUCAUCCAUAUUUUGGACAAAUAGUUGAGAGCCGUGCACAUCAUGAUGAUGUAUCUGCUCUUGCAAAGGCUCUGUCAGGUUUAAGCGUUGGGAGACAGCCGUCCUUGUGGGAAGACUUGAAGCAAUGCACAAAGCCCCUACUGUUCAUUGUCGGAGAAAAAGAUAGAAAGUUCAAGGAAAUUGCUCAUCAGAUGUGCCAAGAAAUAAGUAAUAAUCCAGGGAACAAAGAUAAUGAAGGGAAAAAGAUCCAUGAAAUGAUUGAGGUAUCAGACUGUGGCCACGCUGUUCAUGUGGAAAGUCCCCUUUCGGUGAUCAAUUCAUUGAGGAAAUUGCUGACAAAUUUGGAAGUGUGACCUGUUUGAUUAAGAGAACCAGACCCAUUUGGGACCAUAUAGUUUGAUGCUGCAUUUAGUGUGCAGGGGGAAAGGAUGUGGAUUAUCCUGAUGACAACCUUGGGCGCCUUCAUUCUCAGGCAUUUCUGUUGAA